AGUAACAAUGGUCUAGUGACACGAUAUUGUUGACAGGUCUCUGUUGGAAUGAGCUUGUAGAAGCUUGUACGAGCAUAGAGAGUGUUUGUGGUCAUAUUUAAAGCUUUGUUAACAAAAUUUUGAAAAUUGUUCUACGAUAGAAAUUGUUUCAAGAAAUCAUUCUAAAGUUAAUUUCGAUUUCGUCGGACGAUUCAUCAUAGGGAGAUAUCGCGAGAGGGACAAAAUGAGUGGAAGAUCACAAAUGACUGCAAUGAAUGGAAAAAGGCUAUCUACGAUGCCUGUCAAACAUCAGCCUGAAACUGUGGCGCAGCAUUUUGACUUGAUUAAAUACAUAUGUGAUUCUUGGAACUCCGUAUCAAAAGAAUUAGACAUGUGUAAUCAGCCGCAUUUGAAUUCUUCGAGUUAUAGGAAUGGCACUACCGUUACAUAUUAUCAAGAGCAUGAACCUAAUCCUCAACUCAAAGAUUUUGAGCCAUUUGAUCUGGAAGCCUGGUGGGGAAAGCGCGUAGUUCAAAAUAUUACCAGGAAUGCGAGUUCCUAGUGCCAGGCUGAAACCAUUAGCUACAAUCGAACGUUUUCAAACAGACAUAAGAAGCAGAAGAGAUAAUCUCAAAGUUGGUGCAACCUUGACACAAUCCUAACAUAAAACCGUAACACAGAUCGUAUUACACAAACACACAGAUGCAAACCCAAAUAAGAAAACAUAGGUAAUCGGUGAGCAACUUGUGAAACUUUUGAUAAAGAGUAGAUGAAUAUUACGGAAAAACAAGAGGAAGGGAGAAUAGCAUUAUUUUAUGCAUAUGCUACUAAACAACAUUCCUCUUACCUUUGAUCGUAUUCUAAUGCAAUGUUAUCUUUUACUUCGCCAGUUUAAGAGACACGUGUAUUAUAUGAAAUUAAAAUUUUUACCUUUUUCUAGUUCUAGCGUACAAUAUCUUUAUAAGAUUUAUAGCAGUAAUUAGGAAGACGUUGAUGCAUGAUGAAUUAUUUAUUUUAUUUUGCCAAGAAAUAUCUAAAUAUAGGUACUAGGUUAUUCCGCAAUUCGAUUUUCUCUAUUAAUUAACGACAUAUAUAUAUAUAUAUAACACCGUUAAGAUAAACAUGUAUAUAAAUAAAAAAAAAUUCCGUGCGAUUUUUACACAUCUUUAAAUUAAGAUUCUUGUGGAUAGUAAAAUUAACUUAAUGCACAAAGCAUUUAAUCGAUAUUGUAACCACAAUUGACAAAAGCAUGUGAAUAGAUAGUUUUCAACAUAUACUUUUAAG